ACCACCCGCGGCUGUGUCCAGACGGAGAAUGUUCUAGCGCUGGGGGCGGCUGUGGAUGAAGUCCUUGGGGGGAAAAGGAGCAGGCCAAGGGCGAUGGUGGAGUAGAGCUGCCUCGCGGAGGCAGCAUGAGCUGAGAGGGUGAUAGGAAGGAAGGAGGCGCUAGACAGCAUGGAGGACUUUCUGCUCUCCAAUGGGUACCAGCUGGGCAAGACCAUUGGGGAAGGGACCUACUCAAAAGUCAAAGAAGCAUUUUCCAAAAAACACCAAAGAAAAGUGGCAAUUAAAAUUAUAGACAAGAUGGGAGGGCCAGAAGAGUUUAUCCAGAGAUUCCUGCCUCGGGAACUCCAGAUUGUCCGAACCCUGGACCACAAGAACAUCAUCCGGGUGUAUGAGAUGCUGGAGUCUGCAGAUGGGAAAAUCUACCUGGUGAUGGAACUGGCUGAGGGAGGGGAUGUCUUUGACUGUGUGCUGAAUGGGGGGCCACUGCCUGAGAGCCGGGCCAAGGCCCUCUUCCGUCAGAUGGUCGAGGCCAUCCGCUACUGCCAUGGCUGUGGCGUGGCCCACCGGGACCUCAAAUGUGAGAACGCCUUGUUGCAGGGCUUCAACCUCAAGCUGACCGACUUUGGCUUUGCCAAGGUAUUACCCAAGUCACGCCGGGAGCUGAGCCAGACCUUCUGCGGCAGUACAGCCUAUGCCGCCCCUGAGGUGCUGCAGGGUAUUCCCCACGACAGCAAGAAGGGUGACAUCUGGAGCAUGGGCGUGGUCCUCUACGUCAUGCUCUGUGCCAGCCUACCUUUUGAUGACACAGACAUCCCCAAGAUGCUGUGGCAGCAGCAGAAGGGGGUGUCCUUCCCCACUCAUCUGGGCAUCUCGACCGAAUGCCAGGACCUGCUCAAGCGGCUCCUGGAACCAGACAUGAUCCUCCGGCCUUCAAUCGAAGAAGUUAGUUGGCACCCAUGGCUAGCAAGCACUUGAUAAAAGCAAUGGCAAGUCCUCCCCAAUAAAGUAGGGGGAGAAAGCAAAUCCAAAACCCGCUUCUAAAA